GUCAAGAUGUUGCGUUUGGCAGUUAUCGUUUCUGUAUUGUGCCUUGUCUCAGGGGCUUCUCUGGAGAGUCGUAUCAUCGGUGGUGAUGAUGCCAAACUUGGUGAAUUUCCUCACCAGAUUUCCUUAAGAUUCAAUGGAAAACACACUUGUGGUGGUUCUAUCAUUCAUGAAUCGUACAUUCUGACUGCAGCUCAUUGCGUAUAUGGCAGAGCAACUCCAUCACUGUUCACCGUUGUGUCAGGCGCACUUUACUUAACUGAAGGUGGAGAACAUCAUGCUGUUGCUUCCAUCAAAUAUCACGAAAAGUACAGCCCAAACACUUUGGAUAAUGAUGUGGCAGUUUUGAAGUUGAAAAAGCCAUUGACUUUUAAUGCUAACCAGAAACCAGUCGCCUUGGCCUCAAAGGAUACACCUGGGGAUCUCAAAUGCAAAUUCUCUGGCUGGGGAUUAGACGCAUAUCCAAGUGAUGUUUUACCAAAUCAUUUACAAAAAAUGGACGUUCUGACCUACAAUAAUGCUGAUUGCCAAAAAUUCCAUAAUGCUGGACCUAAAUCUAACACAAUCUACCCAGGAAUGUUGUGCGGAUUCAACAAACUUAAUGUCGGUGCUUGCAGGGGUGAUUCUGGUGGUCCAUUGGUAUACGAAAGUGCAAAUGGUUUGGAACAAGUCGGUAUAGUUUCCUGGGUUUAUGAAUACUGUGCUUUGGGUGUGCCAGAUGUCUACGUUCGUGUAUAUUACUACUUGGACUGGAUUCACGAAAAUACCGACCAUGUUUUGCAAUAAAUAUAUAACUCAUGAAAUAGAUUUGUAAAUUGUUAUAAAUAGAUAAAUAUUUUAAAUAAAUAAAUUUUCUGCUAUUA